UUUUUCAAGCCAUCUUGACAGAAUAUUUAGCUUCAUCCAAGCCAUUAACUUGAUAUCUACAGGGUUCUAUUACCCUUGGUUUGACAUGCUACAACAUUGAAAACGUAUAAACCACAGCUAUAAAAUAAUAUGGAGUUAAUGCGAGUGUCCGAAGUUAUAAUGGACGGCUGAAAUAUUGAAGAUGACGCUGUCGCCUGUGAAAUCACCGGCUAGCUAAGCUUGUGUUGGUGGUGGUCUAACUGGAGGAGCUAGCAUGUCCGCCUUGCCUGUAGUUAGUCACUAGCUGACAUUUAGCCAGGGCAGAGUUUAUUUUCUCCAGGCACACGCAUUGCUGUGGGACAGCACUUGACAAGGUGUAACCCUGGAUGAGGAAGGCGAGGGGAGGGGCAUGUGAGACAGUAGUUAACAGGUUCAACAUGGGCAGGGGUCGAGGCAGGGGCAGGGGAAGGGGCAGGGGGUCAUCAGGCCAGUUCCGGCCCCCCUCACCGUACCGGCUGCAGCUGUCUCCCUCCAGGGAGACGCUGACCUACGCCCAGGCCCAGAAGAUAGUGGAGGUGGAUCUGGACGGCCGGCUCCACCGGAUCAACAUCACGGACCCUCUGCCGGUGGUGACGGAGGACGAGAUGAUGGCCCAGGACCUCUCCGAGUGCAACAGCAACAAGGAGAACAGCGAGCAGACGCAGAGCAAAGCCCGCUCGUGGAGGAAGCUCCCCAACGUCAAGGGCCGGAGGAACGGCAAGAGCGCGUCCCACCGCGCCGACGCCCAGCCGCCCGGGGCUCACGGCGACUCCCAACAGCACUCCUCCGCACAAGUGCCCCUGCCCGAGCCCGUGUUCCGCGUCCUGAGCUCGGUGUGCCCCUCGGACGCGCCCCCGCUGCCCGCCGCCUACUACCACUACACGGAGAGGUCGAGCGAGGAGCAGGAGCGCGAGGCGGAGUACGACAUGGAUGAGGAGGACCUGGCCUGGCUGGAGAUGGUCAACCAGAAGAGGGUGUCGGACGGCCACGCCUCGGUGUCGCCCGAGACCUUUGAGCUGCUGAUCGACCGGCUGGAGCGCGAGUCGGUGGCGGAGUCGCGGAGCCAGGCGCUCUCCCAGAGCGCCAUCGACGAGGACGCCUUCUGCUGCGUCUGCCUGGACGACGAGUGCCUCAACAGCAACGUGAUCCUGUUCUGCGACAUCUGCAACCUGGCCGUGCACCAGGAGUGCUACGGCGUGCCCUACGUCCCCGAGGGCCAGUGGCUGUGCCGCUGCUGCCUGCAGUCCCCGUCGCGGCCCAUGGACUGCGUGCUGUGCCCCAACCGCGGCGGCGCCUUCAAGCAGACCAGCGAUGGCCGCUGGGCGCACGUGGCCUGCGCCAUCUGGAUCCCCGAGGUGUGCUUCGCCAACACGGUGUUCCUGGAGCCCGUGGAGGGCAUCAAGAACAUCCCGCCCGCCCGCUGGAAGCUCACCUGCUACCUUUGCAAGCAGAAGGGCCGCGGCGCCUCCAUCCAGUGCCACAAGGCCAACUGCUACAGGGCCUUCCACGUGACGUGCGCGCAGAAGGCCGGCCUGUUCAUGAAGAUCGACCCGGUCAGGGAGACGGGCUCCAACGGCACCACCUUCACCGUGAAGAAGACGGCCUUCUGCCAGCACCACUCGCCGCUGGGCCCCCGCCACCACGGGGACGACGAGGCGGCGGCGGCGGAGGAGCGGCUGGCGGGGGGGCGGGGGAGCCGGGGUCAGAGGUCGUACACGCAGAGCCCGCCCUCUCCCGGCAAGAAGAACGCUCCCAAGGGCCAGAAGAAGAAGGGGAAGAAGGGCUCCGGCAGGCCAGGCCGGCGCUCUGCGCUGCCGGUGCUGCUGGUGCCCCAGAUCCCCUCACACAGGCUCAACAAGAUCUGCACAGGCGUGGUGGUGCAGAGGAAGAAUCAGUUCAUGCAGCGGCUCCAUAACUACUGGUUACUUAAGCGGCAGUCCAAGAACGGCAUGCCCCUCAUACGACGACUCCACUCACACCUUCAGGCCCACAAGACCACUGAGCUGAAGGAACCUGAUGAGAAGCUGUGCGCCGCCAGAGAAGAACUCCGCUACUGGCAGAAGCUGAGGCAGGACCUGGAGCGAGCUAGACUGCUGAUAGAGCUCAUCCGCAAGAGGGAACGACUAAAGAGGGAACAGAUGAAGGUGCAGCAGGCGGUGCUUGAACUGAAGCUGAGCCCUGCCCUGGUGCUGCUCCGGUCCACGCUGGACCAGCUGCAGGACAAAGACGGCGCCCGGAUCUUCUCUCAGCCCGUUAACCUGGCCGAGGUUCCAGAUUACCCAGAGUUCGUUUCCCAGCCCAUGGACCUCUCCACCAUGCGGGCCAAGCUGGAAGCCCACGCCUACUGCUCCGUGGCCGACCUGGAGCGCGACUUCGACCUCAUGGUUUCCAACUGCCUGAAGUACAACUCCAAGGACACCAUGUUCCACAAGGCGGCGCUGCAGCUGCGGGAGGUGGGCGGGGCCGUGCUGAGACACGCCCACCGCCAGGCCCAGAGCAUCGGCCUGGACCCCAGCUCCGGCCUGCACCUCCCCGACUCGCACAACAAGCACGGCUUCAACCAGUGCUCCUGGGAUGACGUCGACUCCAUCCUGGACCCGGAGAACCGGCUCCACCUGACCACGGAGGAGCAGCUGAAGACCCUGCUGGACCAGCUGGACGUGGUGAACUCCAUGCGCUCCAGCGGGGGGCGCACCAAACGCGUCCGCCUGCUGCGGCGGGAGAUCAAUGCGCUCAGACAGCGGAUGAACCAGCAGCAGCUCGGCGCCCAGGUCGUCAACGGCAACGCAAAGAAAGACCCAAAAGAGGAGGAGCCGGAGGAGGACCGGGAGGAGAGGGUUAAGGUCGAGGUCCAGAAGGAGAGGAAGAAGGGAAAGAAGGAGAUUGCCGACAGCGGACCUUUAACGUCCGCCUCAACCCCGGGUGCAGAUGGCUCUCCCCCCGUGUUGGAACUCACGGGGGGCGCCCCGCUGGAGCCCCCCGUCCUCGGCGUGGCCCCUGGGGGCCGCCGCUCCCCCGGCCGCUCCUACAAGCGCCAGAGGUCGGCGCGCAGCGGGGGCAAGGGCCCCGGCGAGGACGAGGCGGAGGUCGGCGAGACGGCGUGCCCCCAACCGGAGGCGGUCCACGAGGUCACGCCUCUGGGCCGGGCGGGCCCCGCCCCCCCACCGGUCCCCGCGACCCCGCUGGCCGGGGUGGGCCGCCGCACCUCCAUCCUCUUCAAGAAGGCCAAGAACGGCGCCAGGCUGCCGGGCAAGAACAAAGCGUCGCUGGCGGAGGACAGGGUCAACGGCCUGGACGGCGCCGAUGGCGCCCCCUCGCCCGCCAUGCCCACAUUCACGCCGCUGCCCUCCUUCCCCUCCCCCCACCACCUGAGGUCCAGGGGGCCCAGCUCCGACGGCGAGCCAGAGAAGCCGCUCCCGACGCACACCCAGCAGGAAGGCUUGAUGAACGGGCUCGGGAAGCACGAGGACGCCCCUUCAGACCUGCCCAACAGCCAAACGUUCAAUGGCUCUCCCCCCAAACGAAGCCGAGGAAAACCUGCUUUGGCUAAGGUCCCAGACAAUGAGAACGCUGUUGACCUCGCUGGUUCAGGAACGACAACACAUCUCUCUCUAGAUAGCGGGUCAGCCCUCACACCGCUGGACUUGGUUUGGGCAAAGUGCAGGGGCUAUCCAUCCUAUCCAGCAAUGAUUGUGGACCCAGGCAUGCCCCAAGAAGGUGUUCUUCACAACGGCAUCCCCAUCCCAGUCCCACCUGUGGAGGUUCUCAAGCUGUGUGCUCGGAGGGAAGAGGAGGCCGGCCAGAAGCUGUUCCUGGUGCUCUUCUUUGACGCAAAGAGGACUUGGCAAUGGCUGCCGCGGGACAAACUGAUGCCAAUGGGGCUGGACGACACCGUGGACAAACUGCGCCUCAUGGAGGGAAAGAAGCCAAGCAUCCGCAAGUCUGUCCACACAGCCUAUGACCGGGCCAUGGCCCAUCUGAACCACGUGAGGGGGAACCUCAACUUCACUCCAUCCAAUUUUAUAUGAAAACGCAAACCUUGGAGCAUUGUUCACAGGUGGCCUGUAAAACUAAGGAACGAUGGAAGCCGGAGUUCCACAAUAAUCUGUCUGAAGAGGUGAUCGAGUCUUAUGGUUACUUUUGGUUUCCAUUUUGAUGUUUGCUUUUUUAAAUAGGGAUGAUUAUUGUUUAUAUGGCACAUGUCCUUUCUCUAAAAAAAUAUAUUGAUUCAUGAAUUUGUUUCACACAACCACUGUUGCUAUAUGUUAAAAAAGCAGUAAGGUAAGAGUGAAACAAGGCUUCAAAGUAGAGAAAUUGUAAAUAUUUUAUUGGAAAAUAGAUUAGCUUGAGUCAAAGCAUUUAUAUAGAUUUUAUGGAUGGAUGUCAUAGAUUGUAUUGGCCUCUGAACAGUCUGUGCUUUUUCUUAGAGUGCCAGGGUUCUCCAUGGUAAAUCAGGUCCGCCCCGUUAUGUAAGUUAUAUAUUUGGCCUUGGAUAGUUUUUGUGUCGAUCCAUUUUGACGUCACUUACAAUAUGCAUAAAAUAAACGUGUUUCUUGUUUAUUUUUUCAUUCUGGCUGCCAUGAAACCCAUUCAAGCCAAUGACAAAUUGUGUACGUGUGUGUUUAUGUAUAUAUAUAUAUGUAUAUACGUGUGUGUGUGUGUAUAUAUAUAUGUAUAUUUAUAUAUGUUGUAUUGUUUAAAUGUGCUUCCCAUUCAAUGGAUCAGAAAAUAGAUAUUGUCUGCCUAAUUGGCAAUAAGACCUAGUUGUAUACGGUAAAAAGGAAAGUGGGAAGCUGAGACCUUUUCUGAAGAAGCGCUGCAGCUACUUGUUAAAUAGUAAUCAUUUUAAAGUAAUUACAAAGCAGAGGAUUUGAUGUUGUCGACAUUGCAAUUGCAUAUUAAGGAAUUUCUACAAAUUUUCCAAUCCGAUAAAGCACAAUCAACCUGUUUAAAAAAGCUAUGAUCCAUGACUCCUAUACAAAUCUGUUGCUUGUGUAUGGAUUCCUACUCCACUGAGGAAAUGUGCUUGUAUAUAUACACUUGUAAAUAUUGUAAAUGUGUUUAUAUUGGCUUACAUUAAGUAAUUUAAGGAAUGCAAAGAUCUAAUUAUAGGGUUUUAAUUUAUAUUGUGUGACAGUUGAAGAGUGUUAUUUAAAAAGUCAAAUAUUAUCAAAAUUCAAAAAAGUAAGGGUAUGAUGAUCAGUAGGUCUUUGUCAAAGUGACGGCACUUAACUGAAUUUUUAGAUAAUGUUCACUAGCAUUCAGUUGGCACAAUUGUGUAGGCGUGAGUGUUUGCACUAGCCUACUAUUUUUAGUUUUCUUUUAGGUGGUAUUGGAGAUUUUGAUCUUGUAAUUUAAAUUGUUCUGCAAGAUCUUCAAUCUUUCCAAGACAAUAUUUUCUCACAAAUAAAUACAGUUUCAACAUAA